UGUGUCCUGGCACACUGCAGGCAUACUGCAGGCAUACCCAAUCAGGGCUACCGACGGCCUAGCCUCGUGCAUUGCCUGGCCUCGAGAGUCACCAAUAUGAGCAUUGCCGAAGCGUGCAUGGUGCGCCUAUGCCCAUGGCCGGGCAAAGAAUUGCUGCACAGCUGGCACACGAUGGCCAUCCGGGGCUGUUGGACAUGAUUGUAGGCGAGUAUUUACGAGUGAAGCCAUCAGUACUGAUCAGUGUCACGACCGCAGUCGUCGAGUGUCCGGUCUCUGCAUGUCGCUUCAUCGUUGGUUCGCAUAGCCAAGCGAGUACCGCUUUACGAACCCGCCAUCACUCAUCAAACCAGGGUGUGCAAUACUGCCGUCCAGGUGACUCUGACUUUAACAGCUCGUUGAGUGGCCACGAGUACACCGCACCAUUUGUGCUCUUGGUAAAAUCUUAUUCCCGAUCUAACUUGGCAGUGUGCGGGGGUUCCGCGCAUGCGUACCAGGCGCGCCAGCAGCAGCGCCAUUUGCGACCCGCUCCGGCUCUAUGGACUCCUGACAGCAUUGGAUUCGAGGAACCGAAGACCACACUAGCUAUGAUAUGACCGUACCGCAGCUCCCUCCCUUCUUCGCUAUUGCUGCAACUUCGACGCGCACACGAGCCUUUCCGUAACAGCAUCUGAGGAUUGUCGUGUUGCGCAUGAUAUCCAUCGAAAAUCGCCGUACAAAUCCGCAAUGCACUGCUCCUUGGCGUCAUGGCAACAUGCCAUUAGGCUCAGACUCCCCCGUGUGCGGACGUUUCAGCAACGUGCGGAGAGAGGCUGUGCACUCCACUGCUAACCAUGCACUCCGUGUCGUGCCUCGAACGCCCACUCCGUAAACGGAAACCCGAACGGUCUAUCCAACCCAUACAAUGCAGGCAUUGCCAGUCGAUAUAGCUAUUUAACAAGCUCCUGUUACUCUACAAUGUUGGCUCC